AUGAAGUUUGAAAAUAUCCUGGAGGAGAUCAAUGGCUUCGGGCCUUUUCAGAUCCUCCUCAUCAUCAUGCUCUGCACCCCCCGGAUCGUCCUCCCCUGUCACUUCCUGUUGAACAUCUUCAUCGGCGCCACACCUCCUCAUCACUGUGACUUCAGCAGCCUGGGUGACGGAGAUCUCUUCACAAAUCUAACUGGAGAACAAAGACUCGUGGUCAGUGUCCCGCUGCGGGACGAUGGCGCCCCCCGAUCAUGCGAGAUGUUCCCUGAGCCUCAAUUUCAUCUUCUAUCCAACGGCUCCGGCGCCGAGCUGCCCACGGUUCCCUGUCAGAGUGGAUGGGUUUACGACAACUCCACCUUCACCUCCACCCUGGCAACAGAGUGGGAUCUCGUGUGUGACAGUAAAAGUUUGACGAAGACCACAAGUACGAUCUUCUUUCUGGGCGUGAUGAUGGGAGCCAUAGCGACUGGAUACCUCUGUGACAAGUACGGACGGAGAAACGUUCUCUUGGCCUCGUACAUUAUGUCCUUAGUGUUCAGCUACGCCAGCGCUUUUGCAAACUCAUACGUCUUGUUCGCCGUCCUGAGGUUUCUCACCGGGUUCGGCCUAACAGGAAUCGGCAUCAAUUCAUUGGUUCUAACCAUCGAGUGGGUGGACACAGACCACCGGUCGUUCAUCGGCGUGAUCGGCAGCCUGUCCUGGUCGGUUGGGAAUAUGCUAUUGGCGGCUUUUGCCUACCUGGUGAACGACUGGCGUAAACUGAUCAUGACAGUUACGGCUCCUCUGGGUUUUGCAGUUUUGACCUGGUGGUGGAUUCCUGAAUCUGCUCGGUGGCUUCUGGUGAACGGUAAAGCGAAGGAAGCUCAGGUGUACCUCGACAGAUGUGCAAAGAUCAACAACCGACCAAAACUGUCGACCAAAUUCAACCUGCAGACUCUCUGUGACACUGAAAACCCAGAUACAGAAAAAAAGAGCUACAGUUACCUUGAUCUGAUCAAGACGCCGAAGAUGAGACAGAUAACGCUUAUAACUGGGAUUGUGUGGUUCGGAGUCGCCUCCACGUAUUACGGAAUCAGUAUGAACAUCGGCGGGUUCGGACUGAACAUGUACCUCACACACUUCAUCUAUGCAGCCAUCGAAGUUCCCGCCAAGCUGACGGUCUACUUCACCCUCAACAUCAUCGGACGCAGGAAAUGUCAAUCAGGGACGCUGUUACUGACAGGGCUCUGUCUCGCCAUCAAUAUCUUCCUUCCAAAAGAUCUGUGGCACCUGCGCACCGUCGUUGCCAUUCUUGGGAAAGGUCUCUCGGAAGCUGCCUUCACGACCGUCUUCCUCUACACGUCCGAGCUCUACCCGACUGUCCUCAGACAAAAUGGUUUGGGCUACACCAACUUCAUGAGUCGCCUAGGCGUCGCCAUCGCUCCUCUCAUCCUGCUGCUGGAGGACGUGUGGAGUCUUCUUCCUCAGAUCAUCAUCUGCUCCGUGGCCGUCGUGGCCGGCCUCGCGGCGCUGCUGCUCCCUGAGACUCUGAGGGUGAAGCUGCCGGAGACCAUUGAGGAGGUGGAGGAGCAGAACCAGAAGAAAUAA